UUGUUGCACAACAUAUCGUUACGCAACCUCAUAGAGAGAGUUCAUUCUUUGCCAAUUUGUUUCUGAAUACGAGGUCCAAUCAGGGCUUCGAAUUUUCGCCUCAGGCCUGCAGCAUUCGUUGCAAAACAAUUACUGUGAACUGACUGACUAGCCACAUUACCAGUUACCAGUUGAUGGUCGUCUCGCGUCGUCGUGCGCGGCACCGCUGCCCCACUUUACAAGCGCGUUCACAACUUUUUUUGAAAGGUUUCGCCAUAUAACGUACGUCAUUCAAACAUGUAAACAGUGACUCGUUACAUGCAAGUUAAAUUAAAUAUAAAAUGGAGCCGCCGAAAACCGCGAUGGAAGUGCACGGUGUGCCAGUGCAGAAACCAAAUUACAUGCUCAUGUCCUUACAAAGGAUAUUAGUGCUUGUUAUUAUAUUCGCAUGCGUUCUAAUUGUAGUGCGCUACACACCGAUGCCUGAAGAAUACUUUGAAAACUGCGACAGAGAAUGUCAUGAAUUAGACUGGCCAAUGAUUUGUCGUGUGAAACUAGUAAUCGAAGUCUACAAAACUCUUAGCAAAUCUUGUGGCAAUUGUACUGAUAAAGAUGGAACAGGAGAGUGUCCGUCCACGUGUAUAUCCGCAGACGGACGGGAGCGAGGUGUUCUCACAGCGAACCGUGCUUUACCAGCACCAACGCUUCACGUCUGUCACAACGAUAUCCUCGUAGUCGAUGUAGUGCAUAGAGCUCCGGCUCAUGCGUUAUCUAUCCAUUGGCGCGGUCAACCACAAAAGGAAACGCCCUUUAUGGACGGAGCCCCAAUGUUGACACAAUGCCCGCAACCUGCAUAUACUACAUUUCAAUAUAAAUUCCGAGCAUCUGCAGUUGGAACACAUAUGUACCACGCUCACUCCGCAGCGGACGCUGCUGAUGGUCUUGCAGGCGCCCUUGUGGUCCGACAAUCUCCUCGUCAAGACCCAUUGAGGAAACUGUACGACACUGAUGCUUCGGAGCAUACAAUAUAUGUUUCCGAAUGGGGUCAUUCAAUGGGACCCUUGGCGGGUAUGAUGUCGAAUGUUCCUAAAGCUGAAUCGCUUCUCAUAAACGGGAAAGGAAAGACCGUUGAAAAUAUAGAUGCACCGUUAACUAAGUUUUCCGUUGAAUAUGGAAAGCGGUAUAGAUUUAGAUUAGCAUACGGUGGAGGAUCGAAGAGUUGUCCUAUUCAAUUUUCUAUUGAAAAACACGUUCUCACUCUGGUCGCUUUAGAUGGAAAUGGAAUAGAACCGGAAUAUGUUAAUUCUAUUGAAUUAGGUCGAGGGGAGCGUGUUGAUUUUAUACUAGAAGCCAAAAGAGCUCCGGGCGUAUACAAAAUGUCCGUUGUGGCGCAUCCGGAUUGUCAAGAUAAUUUAAAAGGUGUAGCUGAGUUGGUUUAUACAAAUAAAGAUAAAGCAGUGUUAAUUAAAGACAUUGACGAGUUAAAUAAAGUUUAUCGUAAGUUUAGCACAGUGAUUAGUGUGCAGUGUGAGGACGAAAGCGUCUUGUGUUUGACAGAGGCUCGUGGCUAUGAGCAGAUGCCCUCUGAACUGACAAAGACUCCCGACCGGACUCUCUAUGUGCCUUUUAAUUAUUCCACAAGAAGAAUAUCAGCGAAGCGAGUCGAGAGUUGGGGUCAAUCUGACGGUCAUCGUUUCACAUAUCCGGCAUCUCCACUGCUCACUCAAGGAGGCGACGUGGGACCCAACACUUUGUGUCCUGAAGGGCCCGGUGAGGGCGACGAAUGCGUCCAUGUUAAAAAUAUUCCAUUGUAUUCUACCGUGGAAAUUGUUAUGUUUGAUCAAGGUGGCGAGUCGGACCACAUUUUCCAUCUGCACGGAUACAGUUUCUACGUUACCGGAGUGAGGGAGUUCAACAGGAGUCUGAGUAAGGAAACAGUCAUCAAAAUGAACGAAGCGAACACGCUAUUUAUAAACAAGAAUCUCAUCAGACCCGUAUUAAAAGACACUAUCGUGAUACCUAAAUUCGGCGUAGUCGCGUUGCGGUUUAAGGCGGAUAAUCCGGGGUACUGGAUGAUGAGGGACGAAAGGUCGACCCACUGGACAAGAGGACUCGAUUUCAUAUUAAAAGUGGGCGAACAAAGCGACUUAGUGCAGGCGCCUCCUGAUUUUCCGAAAUGUGGUUCAUAUGUCGGCCCCGAGUAUUUUCUAAUUUAAAUUGUAAGCGUAGAUAUGCGUAAGACUUCGAUGAGAUAGUUUUGCUCAACUAAUUUAUUAUUGUGAUAAUUUUAAUGUUAUGUAGAUUUAAUUAUUGUUCAUUUUGACAGUUGUCGUUUUUAAUCUAAUCAAUCAAGUAUGAAGUGUAGUUGUUCCAAGUAUGUACUUAAAUAUCUUGUAUUAUUCGUGCUUUGCUCAAACUGAUUUACGAGUAAUUUAAUAGUAUAGUUUUACAACAUUCCUAGAAAUAUUAAGUGCCGCGCCUUCAAUCUAAAAUGCUUAAUUCAAGCAACAAAGACUGUAUACGACAUUUAAAAAAAAUCUUUAC